AUGGAUAAGCAAUAAAAGAGUGUUUAAAAUAGUUAAAUGUCUAUUUGGAGUAAAAGGACUUCAAUUGAAACUAUCUAAAAUGAAGCUCUUUCUUCUGAAUUUGAAAGUAGUACUUAAGACAUUUCAAAGUACAAUUUUGUCAUUGGAAUUCUAAAACCAGGAUAGAAAAGGAUAGGUUUGAUUGCUAUUAACAAAAAUAAACUAUCAAUUGCAGGCAUUCUAGGGAUAAAGAAAAUUUAGAAAUGA